ACGCGCGGCCGUGUGACGCCAGCACGCACCGGCGUCACGUGCCCGCCGCGGCCCGGCCUCCGCCUGCAGCUGCCGGUGGCGGGGCCGGGACCGGCGACAGCGAUACGGACACCGGCACCGGCACCGACACCGACACCGACACCGGCACCGGCACCAUGGCGGGCUCCCCGCAGGAGAACACGCUGCUGCACCUUUUCGCCGGAGGAUGUGGAGGAACAGUUGGUGCUAUCUUUACAUGCCCUUUGGAGGUAAUAAAGACCAGGCUUCAGUCUUCAAAGUUAGCCUUCCGGACUGUCUACUACCCACAAGUCCAGCUGGGGACCAUCAGUGGUGAUGGAAUGGUCAGGCCAACAUCUGUAUCACCUGGGCUCUUCAGUGUUCUCAAGUCAAUUCUGGAGAAAGAAGGACCAAGGUCACUGUUCCGAGGGCUGGGUCCAAACUUGGUUGGAGUUGCACCAUCAAGAGCUGUCUAUUUUGCAUGCUACUCCAAAGCCAAAGAGCAAUUUAAUGGCAUUUUUGUGCCCAACAGCAACAUUGUGCACAUCUGUUCUGCAGGUUCUGCAGCCUUUAUCACAAAUUCCUUGAUGAAUCCUAUAUGGAUGGUGAAAACCAGAAUGCAGCUGGAGCGGAAAGUCAGGGGUUCAAAACCAAUGAAUGCUUUGCAGUGUGCUAGAUAUGUGUACCAGACAGAAGGUAUCCGUGGCUUUUAUAGGGGCCUGACUGCCUCCUAUGCUGGAAUUUCUGAGACUAUUAUCUGCUUUGCUAUUUAUGAAAGUUUAAAAAAGCACUUAAAGGAAGUCCAGCUGUCCCCUUCUCCUCCUAACGGGACCGAAAGGAACUCAACAAACUUCUUGGGACUGAUGUUUGCUGCUGCUGUUUCCAAGGGCUGUGCCUCUUGUAUUGCUUAUCCACAUGAGGUCAUACGGACACGGCUGCGAGAAGAAGGCACAAAGUACAAGGCUUUCAUUCAGACAGCACGUCUGGUAGCCCGUGAAGAAGGCUACCUUGCCUUCUAUAGAGGACUCUUUGCCCAACUCAUCAGGCAGAUACCAAACACAGCCAUUGUGUUGUCUACCUAUGAGUUAAUAGUGUAUCUGUUAGAAGACUGUGCAAAGUAGCAGAGCCACGACUCCUGGACAAGGCUGUAGACCAAUUACUUUGCUGAACAAAUAGUCCUUUAAGAGACUGACUGAUACAGGUGGCAGUUCUGGUGGAAAAACUGCAAAAGUCUGUGACUGCCUGAUGGAUAUUUCCUUUUGGAUUCAUACUUUCUGAAAGGUCUCAAGGCAUUAAUGUUAAUAGUUAAUUAUAACUUUUUUUUUUAACUUAAUGAUAAUUAAACUGCUACUAAAUUAAAUUACACUAUUUAAUUUAAGUAUACGUUUGUCUUCUUUAAGCACAGCCAUAUGUGGUCAAGGAAUGUACCUCAUGCUAUCAAGUGAACUCUUGGACUGAUGCUCAUUAAAACUAUAUUAAAACAGCAGAAGAACUGGUUUGGA